AUGUCUGCAGACGGCAGAGCCGCCCAGGCUACCCAGGACAAGGAGAGAGCCCGAGAGGUUCCAGGUCAUGGGCAUCCUCGUCAAGAAAUGCUUUCUGAGUCAGAGGAGACGGUGCCUUUGGGAGCUGCUCGGGAGUCUCCCCACAUCAAGACGGAGCCGGAAGAGCCACAGCCUGAGGGGGCAUCGCAGGGGGCCGGGGCCCGAGGAGAGCAGGGCUGGGUGUCCCUAAGCCAGGGCUCUAAGGACAAAGCUCUUUUCCUGCCCGGAGGAGCCCUCCCCUCCCCCCAGAUCCCUGUGCUCUCUCGUGAGGGGAGGACCAGAGACCGGCAGAUGGCUGCGGCGCUCCUCACCGCCUGGUCCCAGAUGCCAGUGACCUUCGAGGACGUGGCCCUGUACCUCUCCCGGGAGGAGUGGGGGCGGCUAGACCACGCGCAGCAGAACUUCUACAGGGACGUCCUGCAGAAGAGGAACGGGCUGUCCUCGGGGUUUCCCUUCAGCAGACCUUUCUGGGCCUCCCAAGGACAGGGCAAGGGUGAGGCCUCGGGCUCCUGCCGGCAGAUGGGAGAUGAGGAGAAGACAGGUGCGUGCAGGGGAGCCAUUGAGGUGGGGAAGGAGGAGCCGGCCCCAUCCCCGGCAGCCCUCCGGGACGCGAAGUCCUUCCGAAGCAGGGUGGGGAGAGCGCAGGCGAACGGCCUGCCGCGCGGGCAGCAGGUGGCCAGCGGCCAGAGCUCAGGGGCAGCCAGAGACGAUGCGCAGCCGGGCCCCCCAGACGAGAGGCCGGCGAAACCGGCCCCGCCCGAUGCCAGCCUGGCGAAAGCCCCGGAGGGCCGCCUCCCAGAGAAACCCAGAGAGGGGCGGACGGCCACCCCCGAGGGCAGCGAGGAGGGCCUGGCCCCCGACGGGGACGCGGGCAAGAAGACGUACACGUGCGAGCAGUGCGGCAAGGGCUUCAGCUGGCACUCGCACCUGGUGACACACCGGCGCACGCACACGGGCGAGAAGCCCUACGCCUGCACAGACUGCGGCAAGCGCUUCGGCCGCAGCUCGCACCUCAUCCAGCACCAGAUCAUCCACACGGGCGAGAAGCCCUACACCUGCCCGUCCUGCUGGAAGAGCUUCAGCCACCACUCGACGCUCAUCCAGCACCAGCGCAUCCACACAGGCGAGAAGCCCUACGUGUGCGACCGCUGCGCCAAGCGCUUCACCCGCCGCUCGGACCUGGUCACCCACCAGGGCACCCACACGGGCGCCAAGCCCCACAAGUGCCCCAUCUGCGGCAAGUGCUUCACGCAGAGCUCGGCCCUGGUCACCCACCAGCGCACGCACACCGGGGUCAAGCCCUACCCGUGCCCCGAGUGCGGCAAGUGCUUCAGCCAGCGCUCCAACCUCAUCGCGCACAACCGCACGCACACGGGCGAGAAGCCCUACCACUGCCUCGACUGCGGCAAGAGCUUCAGCCACAGCUCGCACCUCACCGCCCACCAGCGCACCCACCGCGGCGUCCGGCCCUACUCCUGCCCGCUCUGUGGCAAGAGCUUCAGCCGCCGCUCCAACCUGCACCGGCACGAGAAGAUCCACACCACGGGGCCCAAGGCCCUGGCCGUGCUGAUGCUGGGGGCGGCGGGGGCCCUGGCGGCACCUCCGCCGGCUCCCACUUAG